UCUGCUAGAGGGCAGCACUGGUAAUUAGUACAGAAUGAUGCGGCAACUGAGAUAAAUAAAUAGAUUUCUAUGCAGGAGACACAGAUUCUUCGUAGUUUUUAAGUAAUUUUGACACAUUCAGACGUCUACGUAAUCAGCCAUCCCCAGGAUAAGUUGGACAUUGGGAUAUACCAGCAAAAGCAAACGUGAUGAUGCUACCAAUGUAAGAAGAAACACCCAGAUGAAAGGUUGGAUCAGGCUCUCUUUACAGGUAAAUGACAUUUUAAACCCCCACAAAGUUAUUUUAUAGGGGGAGGGGAGUUAAAGUACAUGUGUGUGUGUGUGUAUAUAUAUAUAUAUAGAGAGAGAGAGAGAGAGAGAGAGAGAGAGAGAGAGAGAGAGAGAGAGAGAGAGAUAUCGAGAUCGAUCACAAUAUUCAUCUCUGUCCAAGCCAUAACUUUGUAAUGCAGAGACAUUAGAAGCUCAUAAUAGUGCAAAUUAUGAUGUAUCAUGGCCCUGAACCAAGGUAAUUUGACAAAAGUCAGUCACUGGUAACAAAAUUAGUAAUUAUUUCUCCCCUUUCGAGAAGCUCCGGGCCAUAACUUUUUUGUGUUUUGGCAUAGGCCUUUAAUAUAAAAUUUGGUAUGUGGGUAUACCAUGACAAGACAGCUUGCCACAUGCCAUUUUUGAUGACCUUUGACCUUGACCAUUUUUGUAGAGAUCAAAUGAAUGAAGUUUUGGGCUGGGCCUUUGAUAUUUGGUAUGUUGGUAUACCAUGAUAAUACAGAGUGUCGGUGCUAUUCUUGAUGAUCUUUGACCUUGACCUUUUAUAUAAAGGUCAAAUAAUAAUUUUUUUGGGCUAGACCUUUUAUAUUUGGUAUGUGGGAUAUACCAUGAUAAGACAGUGUCAUGUGCCAUUUUUGCAGACCUUUGACCUUGACCUUUUAUGUAAAGGUCAUAUAAUAGAAUUAGAAUUUUUUUAAUGUCCAGAUCAUAACUUUUUUUGUCUUUUGACACAGGCCUUUAAUAUUUGGUAUGUUGUUAAAUUUGAUUGACUAUCAUAUGUUCAUAACACUGUUCCUUGUUUGAAUCUUGUAUAUAUGUAGGUGAAUGUUAAUUACCAUAAGUCUUAAUUUUCCACUGUAGAGAUGAUCCCUAAAAAUGUUUUUAAAAAACUAUGGAAAAUGGAAAGGGAGACAUCAGUUUUAGUGUGCUAAAAUUCUUUCAAGUUUGUUUUUGUCUUGGACAUAGCUUUGAAUUGGAGAGACAGAAGUUUAUUUUUGGCAUAAAAGUGCUUGAUAACAGAUGAAGUGUCUUGGCCUUGAACUAUGGAAAUUUUUGACAAGGUCAUUGGGGAAGGGGUUACAUAUGCCACAUUUUGAGUAAGUCCUGCAAGGGAUACAUGUGUUAGACUUGAUUUUAUGGCUGCUAUUGAGUUUCAAUACAGUACUCCCAACAUACAAGUAGUACACAUAUAGUAUGUGUAUAUGAUGUAAAACUUGGAUCAAAGAUGGUAAGGUGAAGAAAAUUAUCAUUGAUUUGCAGAUACUUAUGUCAAUAUUAGAUAAUUUAGAAUAAGUUUUUUUUUUAUCCGUUUUCAUGAUUUCAAAAUAUUUUUUAGUUUUCUUUGUACAGUGAUGUUGAUGAGGGAAAUUUGGUCACUCAGUUUAUGCAUAUUUUUAUAAAUGCCAGAAAUGUGGACACUGCAGUGGAAGGCUACUGAUGUCAAGGGCUAAUUGCUGAUGCAUCAUACUUACCAAUGUAACAUGUUGUUCCACUACAGCUAAAAGCAUCACAGCAUACAGUUUAGCUGUAGAAAAAGUGGUUGAAAAACAUUACAAAUUGUAUUCCCAUAAGGAAAUCAAUUAAGAAACAUAGAUUUAGAACAAUAUUACUCAUUCAAUAUUGAAGUGAAGUCACUCAGUAUUUUCUCCUAGUGCUGUUAUACAUUGUUACAUAUUGUGAAUUUAUUGAUUGCCCUUAAACGAUAUGAGGAUAACAGUAUGUGAGACCAAUGCAAGUAACUGUACCACUGUGGUAGACCACGUCUGACUCGCAUUGAUUUGUCUUUUUCAGGUGUGAUUCAGCAUUAUGUCUGAUAUUGAGGAUGAGAUCAACUUGGAUGAUGUAAAGCCUGAGCCAUCGGAACCAUAUUUAGCAGAGGGGGCAUGUGGGGGAAACCCUCCUGGGCGACCCUUUUCCCCCCGCAGUGACAAUUUAAGUCUGGAAGUGCAGUUCGAGGAGGAGAGUUCGAGGCAUCCUAGUGAAAUCAGUACUCUCUCCUAUCAGAAUCUUCUUGAGGAGGGAGAAGGGAGUUGUGUUGUUUUAUCUCGACAGGAGAGCGAGGAUAGCACCGACUCUCUUCCAUCUGACUUUGUGGACUUUCCUAGGGAUGUAAAUUUAAGCUGUGAUAUUCAAGAUUUACCCUGUGCAAUAUCAUCAAAAUGUAAGCAGGAUGCUUGUGAAGAGUUUGUGAGGAAUGAGAGACGUGACACAAUGGUGACAAAAGACGAAUUAGAGAGAAAUAAACAAGCUGCUGGAGGAAGUGAAGGUGAAAAUAACUUUGUACAGGCUAAGGACAUGAAGACAAAAGAGAGUUCGCCUAGUGAUAAAGUUAUUAGCAAAAGAAAUACUUUAGAAAUUAGAAAUAAUAUUCCAGUGGUGGGAGAAGUUAAAAAUUAUGAAAAAGACAUUGAUAAUGUGAUCUUUAGUGCUCAAGGUGCCAAGCCUAAGAUAAGGUCAGGGAAACAGUCACCAGGUUUGGCAUGUAGGGUAGGAGAAGGAUCUACAGGAAGUGGAAGUGACAGGGAAGGAUCCGUCGGGAGUGGGAGGGAGGGAUCUAGUGUUGAGAGGGAAUUGGAGAAAUCAAUGCACAAUCACUUGAUCAGAACAACUGACAACUUAAGUAACACAAGUGAUGGCAAUCGAACUGAAGAUACAAUUGAGGAAGAGGAAGUUGUACAGUUGGUGAAGAUAACAAGUGUGAGACCCCCUUGUUUUAUACAACCACAUAUGCAAGAAAAAAUUGAGGAGGAUAAGGAAAUCAAAGACAAAAGUAUGAAAGAAAUUGAGAAACAGGAAAGUGUUGUUCAAAAUUUGUCUUCACCUGGAAAUGAAGUGGAAAAUGAAUAUGACUAUGUGAAGUAUGCCAGAGUUCAAGAUGGAGAUUCAUAUGUUGGAAUGAGAUUAGCGUACUCUAGUGCAGAGGAGGCCAAAAGAAACGGUAUGACACUCAGUGGAUUUUCAAAUGGGGAUGAUUUCUCAAGAGAAAAUUCACCAGAAAAAACUCACUGUCUACAAAAAUUGGAUUACACAAAUGCAAUACAGAAUGUAAGUGAGGAUAUGUUGACGGAGAUUCCUUUGGACACAACAGAUAGUCCCCUGACUGAGGAGAAGCAGGCUUUCUCCCUGUCCCCAGAAAACACAGAGUGUGACAGUGUGGAGGUAGAAAGCAUACUCUCUGAUGGCGAGAAGAACAGCAUUGGGAUGCCCAUAGUGGAAGAUGGAUUAUCCAGUAGUCAGGCCAGCGACGUUGAGGAAGGCCCCUCCGUAAACAAUGCCUAUCAGUCCCCAUCAGCUAUGUUACGCUCAAGGCAGAAAGCUGACAUAGCACAGGAGUUAGAAAGUCUGGACAGAGAGUAUGGUUUGAAAGAGAAAAGCAAACCAAAGGAGAUGGACACAAAAGCUAUAAUGGAGGAUCUGAAAGCCAAGCGAGAAGCGCUAGACACUGCCAUAGCUGAUAUUAAGACAGCUAUUCAACAGAGCAAGACGGCUACACAGCCUUACAAAGAGGACCUGGAUGAAGAUGAACCAGUAUGGGUAAAACGAGAAGAAUCUAAACAAGAUAAGAAAGAAAGCCUGGAGAGUGUGAAAGAAAAGCUGACCAGACUCCAGCAUGAGGACACAAAACUCAGGGAGGAAGAAAGGGUUUUCCAGAUGGAAAAUGAGAAAGACAAACUGUUGGAGAAUCAGUAUAGCAGGAAUGAUGGACAGAAAUAUCAAGUUCCCAAAGGUUAUGAUUCAGAUGAUGAUGAAGAGGGAGUGCAAUAUACACGCAACAUAAAAGGCAAAAAAUAUGCCUCCAUUCCCCGUGAUGAUUCCUUUGAUCAUGGACGUCCUAGACAGACAGCUGUUAAUGGCUCAAGCCAUACUCAAAUGCAAAGUGAUUGUAGCUCAGACUCAAAUGAAUAUAACUACUCGAAGCGUAAUCGACUUAAUUCUGAGUCUGACACUGAUGACUAUGGCAGUGAUGUUGAAGCACCUUCUAAAACAUCUUAUGUCAAGCAAAAGCCUGGAGACUUUGACACAGAUGAGGAGACAGAUGUUUUGUUACAAAAACAGUAUCAAAAAGACAGUUCAGUAGACAUUCCAGAACUGACACAACCCCCAGUUAAUAGAAGUGCUCAGGAAGAGAGAAGAACCAAAGCUAAAGAAGCUUCCAUACAUGAUCCUGAAAAUCCAUCAGUCUUGAUAGAGGGUGUAUUGUUUCGUGCUCGGUACCUGGGAUCUACCCAGCUGAUCUCAGAGGGUCAACCGUCCAAAGCAUUAAGGAUGAUGCAAGCACAAGAGGCUGUGGGAAGAAUUAAGAAUUCAGCUAGCCAGACCCCUGAGGCUGCCACCACAGAGGACAAACCUAAGGCUCCAGAGGGGGAGAAUCAACCCAGUACAGCUGUGGAUCUCUUUGUGUCUACAGAGAAAAUCAUGGUGCUAAAUACAGACUUACAGGAGAUCAUGAUGGACCACUCAUUAAGGACUGUAUCCUACAUUGCUGAUAUUGGUGAGAUCUUAGUCAUUAUGGCCAGAAGAAGAAUUCUGUCUUCACCAGGGGAAGAAUCACUGAGGAAGAAGAAGCAAGCCAAAGUUUUGUGCCAUGUUUUUGAGUCUGACGAGGCCCAGCUGAUAGCCCAGUCCAUUGGGCAAGCCUUUCAGGUAGCCUAUAUGGAAUUCCUGAAAGCAAAUGGAAUUGAAGAUCCUACUUUGAUGAAAGAAAUAGACUAUCAGGAAGUCUUGAAUCAACAAGAAAUCUAUGGAGAGGAACUCAACCUGUUUUCUAACAAGGAACGUCAGAAAGAGGUUAUUGUGCCAAAAUUAAAGGGAGAGUCCCUUGGUAUUGUGAUAGUGGAGUCUGGGUGGGGAUCCAUGGUCCCUACCGUGGUUUUGGCCAACAUGUGCCCUUCAGGUCCAGCAGCUCGCUGUGGUCAGCUAAACAUUGGGGACCAGAUUAUUUCCAUCAAUGGAAUCAGCCUGGUUGGCCUCCCUUUGUCGUCUUGUCAAACUUAUAUUAAGACUGGUAAACAGCAGACUGUAGUAAAACUAACGGUUGUUCCAUGUGCACCAGUGGUAGAGGUCCUUAUAAAGCGGCCUGAUGUCAAGUAUCAGCUGGGAUUCAGUGUCCAGAAUGGCGUGAUCUGCAGUUUAUUGAGAGGAGGAAUAGCUGAGCGAGGAGGGGUGCGAGUAGGACACCGGAUCAUAGAAAUCAAUAAUCAAAGUGUUGUGGCAGUCCCUCAUGAAAAAAUUGUGUCCUUGCUAGCCAACUCAGUAGGCGAGAUUCACAUGAAGACAAUGCCCACCUCAAUAUACCGUCUAUUAACAGGUCAAGAAACGCCGCAUUACCUAUAACAGUGAUUACAUGAAAUUCACCGUUCUGCUUCAUCUCUACAUUAUUCCAGCACGUAUUGUGCAAUAUAUGGCUCACAGCAUUCCUUCAUUUCAUUCUGCAGGUUGAUUAAAACCAUGAAGCAUUGUAAAAUUGUUCUAAGAAGGUUGAAAAGCUUUAAGGAAUAGUCUUGGCUGCUUUUGUCGUACAUGUCUUUUUUUUCUGUGAAAAGAAUUAUAUGUGCAUCUCCUGACACAGGUUUAUGAUGUUGCCAUUUGAGAACAAGGAGAAUGUUCAGUAAUUCAGCAACAAGAAUCUCAUGAAUUGUAGUGCAAAUGUUUAUCACAAAAUUUAUUUGCUAUAUAACAUACAAAUGUAUUGCGAGUGAUAUUGUAAAUUUGCAUUGUAUAUUUGCUGUGCAAUAACAGGUACUGAUGCAGUGAUAUUAAUGUAAACUCGCUGUAUGUUUGAGCUGUGUGUAAUUGUACACUGUGUUUUAUUUGGAGAUUUACUUUAAUAAAACUUUUUGAUAUUUUUUGUGAUUCAAAUAUGCUGACUUUCAUUUGAAAUCCAUUAUACUGUUGUAAAUUGAUACAUGGACUAAAACUGUAAUUGUGUAAAUGCUUGUACAUGUAAGAAUGCUGAGUAGCCUAAGGAUCAGAUUUUUAUAUUGAAAUGUAGUUGUAACUGAUAUGAAAUGUGUACAUUUAAGCAUUUUGCUUGGUCGUAAUUGAUACAAGCUGUUUUAGAACUUGUGCAGCAUCUGAGUGCAUUUCACGUUCUACAGAUUGUGAUUCUGUAUUUCAGAUUUCACAAAGUCGGCAUCAUCUAUAAAAUUCUGUCAGUGGUUUGGGUUUCGUUUUUGUUUGUUUUCCUUUGUUUUUGUGAAGUUAUGUUUGUAAACUCUCCUGAUUGUAACACUUUGAUUUUCAUAACAGUAAAAGAGAAUUCCCUUCCCUUGUUGACAGGGGGUGGGGGAUUUAUAUUUAAGGUUAUUUUUGAUAAACAAUAGACAAGCUCCUUAAAAAACAGCAUACUUUUGAUUCUAAUUAGAAUAUUUCUAUGAAAUAUAUUAUAAGCUAACAUAUUUUCCCGGAUUUGUGUGAAGGUUUUCUUACAUAAAAAUCAGGUAUAUUGAAUAGUUGAUUAUUAUAGAGAUCUGUUCGUAAAAUGUAUUUUGCUUUUUUGAAACAAAGUAGGAUAAAUUGGCUAAAGGAUCCACUGUUGAGUAAAGUUGAAUUUUGUUCACCUUUCUAAACCAGUAAGCUACACAUAUAUUAAUUUGCUUAUUUCAACUCCUAUUCAGAGCAAUAAGUUGAUAGUAAGUACAUUUGAUAUGUAAUUCAUUAUACAUCUAGUCAUCCUGCUAAUUUAAUAUACGCAUCAUGUACAUGUGAUAUGAUUUUGAUAAUUUUUGAGUGAGUGGGUUGUGCGAGACAGGUCAGCUUUGAGUGUGUGGGUCGUGUGAGACAGGUCAGCUUUGAGUGCGAGUGGCUAUGGUGGAUUGUGAUAGUGGUUUGUUUGUAUAUUUGAACCAUUAGAUUCUUGUGAAACUGUCUAUCAGGUUUAUUCAGACAAGCACGCGUCCCAUGACUGAGGUGUACAUGUAGAAGACCAUGCAAAAGGUUGUAAAGCAUUGAAAAUAAUUAGAUUUUAUUGUUACCAGUAAUGUUUUUCUUGAACAUCAGUAAUUUUGGUAGAUAUUAAUUUUUUGAAGCUUUUAAAAGUUUUUUGCAAUGUAAUAUCAGAAAAGGAUAUAUUACAGAUGUUGUUAUUUAUCAGGCUUUGAAAUCUAUUUUGAGAAUAUAUUAUUAGAUAAAUAAUAUGAAUAUUAAAGAAACAUUAUUACACUGUAAACACAGAUAUGUAAAUGUAUCUAUUAAACUGUGAUUUUGAUGAAUGAUUAUAAACAAGAAUUUCUGUAUGCAUCAUAGGUGCACAUCUUCAGUAUCUUUCAUAAGAUAGUUAUAUCAUGAGAGAGAGUGUUGGUGUGGGUGAGCACUACGUUUAAUUUUUAUAUAUGGCCAAUAUUAAAAUGACAUGAACCUGU